AGGCAAGAAGUUUGCCCAAGUGGGGCGAGGGGAAGGGUUUCAUUUCAGGACUGCCCAAGUGCGCUUGCAGGGCUGGUGAUUAGAAAAGUGACAUUUCCCUGAAGGACAGCAAAGAGGGAGGUGCUGAGAGCCCUGCAGUGCCCAAGAGCCCUGCAGCCCCCCCAAGGAGUCGCCGGGACAAACGUGUCACAGGCAGCGUGGCACUCCAGAACACAUCCCCGGGACACGGCAACAUGACGGCCACUGCAACCAUAGCCUCUACGGACAUGGGGCUCCUGCUGAGAGAUGAUGUUUUUGUUGAUUUUUUCAACACAUUUCUGAAUCUUCCGGUUUUUGGCCAGACACCCAUUUACAUCAGCAGCAUGGGCCAGUGGGACCUCUGGCCAGAGCUGCCAAGCCACUUGGAACCUGGCCCCGCGGCGUUACUGGCUUGGCUGGAAACGCACCGGCUGCCUCACUUCUGCAGAUCCAGCUUGUGCCUCCACCUUGUCCUCUGCCAGAAGCUCCUGGGUUUCAUUCGGUCGGGGGAAGCAGCAAAACUGCUGAACUGGCAAAGUGCUGACUGGUGGCUGUUGGAGAAGUGCAUCAGCGGGAGCCAGGGCAUGUGGAACUUUCGGGCCUUCAUCCAAGGAACAGCAGGGGAAGAACUGACCAACUUCUGGCUCACCACCGAAAGGCUCCUGGGGCUUGACGAGUCAGACGCGAGGCAGAGGGACCUCUACAUGUCCUUGCUCCACAAGCUGAAAGCCACUCACCUGCGUGAAGGCUCCAGCGUCGUCACUCUGUGCAGGACCAUCGUUGGGUUGCUGCCAAAAGCCAGGCACAUUCAGCCCAUCAGCACCAGGAGGGACAUCCUAAGCAAGAUGCAGGAACGGGCCCUCUUUAUGAUUCAGAGUUACUGGCUCCCUAAAUUCUUCAUCCACUGCAAGAAGGGCAUGGAGGAAGAGAAAUCAUGCUGGCCUCUGCUGCAGGAAUAUCAGGAGCGUUUAUUACGGGCCAACUCACAGGAACCCUCAGGCUUUUCAGAGAAUCUCUUCACGAUGCAUAUUAAAAGGAGCCAGGGUUUGUCAGGGCCCUACUGCAGCAAGAAGGCCAAAGCGGAGAUCUGGGCUCUGGUCAAGGAGGGAAGAGACACCCAAGAAAUGAAGAUGCCCAGUUUUCAGGUGCAACGAGAAAGGCAGCCGGGGCCAGCUGGGAGCACAAAGGAAUCACGUCCAGAUAAGGAUGCUUUGGGAUUGAUUACUCAGCAUUCAGAGCAUCCUGCAAACACUGCCUUUCAAGGCAAAGGAGGAGCAGCCUCUCCCAAAAGACCUAGACCCCGUGCAGAGCGGGUCCUUAAUCUGGAAGACCUCUGUGAAGAGAAAGUCCUCUCUAACUUGCAUUCUUCUGCACCCCUUGUCCAUCUGCCAUCCCUGAAAAAUCCGGUCAAGACCCUCAGUUUCCUUCCCUGGGCCCUUAGUGCUGACACCUGUGCAGGUCAGCCCUUCAGGGACUUCUUGAAGUGCCAGGACCGGCCUGUGGAGACUCAUCUCCUGGACCUGUGGCAUGACCUGGAGGAAUUUCUGCCCGUGGUGCUGGACCCCAGCAGAGAAAACUGUUUCCUCCUGCGUCAUAUGAUCGGGAAGAAUAUAUGCAAGACCUACCUGGAGGAGGGCACCAUCCAGCAGCUUCCCUUGGAGACCAGGACUCUCAGGAGCUUGCGGAACCAUCUGUUGUCUGGAGAAUUCUCCUCCUGGAUAUUCAGAGCCCAGAAGGAGAUUUGCAAGGUGCUCUGCAGCUGCUAUGAAGAAUUUCUGGCUGAUGAUGACAAGACGUUCCUCCAGUCUAUGUCUCUGCAGAGUGAUGUCCUGAUGCCCAAGAUGCAAGGCCAUGCUGUCGGGAAAGAUGAAUGUUUCCUCCUGUCCCAGCGGAUAAACAAAUCCUUGAAGCUGAGCCAGGCCUUGCAUGGCACAAGGAACUUGGAAGGUCUCUCCUCCAAGCACUGGCGAUUAAUUGCCACUCGGGACCUCCAGAAAGGGGGCUCCAUCCAGGCAGAGGUGGAAUCUCUCCUGUGCAGGACCGACUCCCAGAAGAUGACAUCAAAUGUGCUUGCUGUUCAGAAACCCUUGCUGGCUGUGGAUAGCCCAAGCAAGGAAAAUGAGCUUCUGUGUCUCAAAAGCCCAUCACUUGCUGUUGAACCCGAGAACAGAAAGAAGACGACUGUUCCUGUGAGAAAAACGAAAUCAAGCACGACAAAGUCCACCACUGUUACGGUAGAGAAGCCGUCUAGAAGACCCAGGCACUUCAUGAAAGUACUGCACAACCCUGCCCACCUGCAGUUCUUCAAGCAGUUCCUCAAGGAGCGCAACGCAGAUGAACCACUGUGUUUCUGGAUGGCUGUGGAGAGGCUAGUUGCAGAGACCAACCCCAAGACGAAGAGCUUCCUCAUUAACAGCAUUAUCAGAAAUUAUUUCCAUGCCGAAAUCCCAGCUGAGGAACAGCUGGAUUGCCACACUUCUAUCAUCAAAGAAAUAAAUGAGGCUGAAACAGUCAGCCCCUUGAUGUUGAUGACAGCACAGAUCUUUGUCCAGAAAGCAAUGGAAAAACGAUGGUUUAAAGAGUACCAGGACCUGUUCCCCCCGAGCGAUACACAUAAGUCUAACCUUUGUUUGCAGCACGGGAUGAGGAACUUCAUAACAGACAAGCUGCGGUGGGCCUGGUAUGCCAUUCACGACGUGGUCAAGAGCAUCUGCAAGUUCCGGAGAGAGAUGGGCAAUGACAAAUGCCGUGCGGAGUUUGAGGACUUUCUCCGUCGGGAACUAGGAAAUGAGGAGGAAAACUUGCCCAUCAGCUCGAUGCAGAGCAGCAGCACCGUGAGCACUUGCCGCUCCCACACGGCCUCUACCAGCACCCCACCAGACAAGGAGGUAGUACUAGUGAAACGCCACCUGUUUAACAGCCAGCUCAUUACUGUCAACUUCCUCGUCGAUGACCUCCGGUUUUAUCUGGAGAUCGACAAGUUUUCCAGGCUGGCUGAUUCAGUUGAAGCUCUGGCAGCCCGCAACAUGCAGUCAGAAAAGGAAGUUGCUUUUCUCAAAAGGAAAGUCACCAUCAUCAGCAAACUCUUCCUGAACUCUGAUAUUCCCCCCAAACUGCGGGUAAACAUCUCUGAAGAAGAGAGAGAUUUAAUCUGGAGUUUAUCUUCCAAGGGGCUACUGAACCGUGUCCUCUACCACAGGGCCAAGGUCAUCAUCUUCCCCAUCCUGAUGCACUUCUGGAGAAGGUUCUGCACCUGGAAGGUGAUGAGGAGCUUUCGGGUCUCUGCAAAGGACAGGGUGCCAAUCUCUUCCCCCAGUACAAAAACCUCCUCUGAAUCAUCUGACAUCUACAGCCCAAGCAAUCACACCGUCAUUGUCUUCACGCUCCUGAAAGGGGUCCAGAUCCUGCUGCCCCAGCCCCAGAAGAAAAUGGAGCCACUGGAGGAGCAAAAAGAUUCAGAUCAAAGUCUUGAGAAAAGGCUCUCAUUCAGCAAGUCUGCCUCUGGUCCUGCAGAGCAGGCACUGAGGAAAGGACAGACCUCCGAGGAAGAACAGACCUCCCAACGCACUGUCCACGCCAAGCAGGACAGGGGUGUGCCCCAAGGAAGCUGAGCAGCCCAGACACACUGCAUAGUUUGCACUUAAUCAGCAGUAAGACCUAAAAAUAAAGCAACUCACAGCAUCCUCCAGCCUGCAUGGUAACAUAGCACAGCAGCUUGCACCUCUGCAACUACAGCAGGGACAUGCCACGACGCGUGUUUCCCCCUGAGGAGAUAUCUUUGUCCACACGCCAGUCUCCUUCCUCAUAUGUAUCUGUAAAAGACUGCAUUGCCCAUAGCUGGGACCCACUAACAGUGUAAAUAUCACACUGGGUGCACAGCACGACACCACCUUUGAGGUCUUUCCCAAGAAAUUUGGAAGGUGCUUAAAGCCACAAAGCAGUCAACAGUAAAUACUUUGCCCGAGGAAGGGGCUCCUCAAAGACCACCCAACCCUAGAAACUGCUCCAGCCCUGCUGCGCAGUGAGCCACGCUUCUCACCAAAGACUGGGAUUGCCUUCCUCUGCUCAGCAUGGCUUACAGCCUUCUCAGCUUCUCACCCCUCCACAAUUUCCACACAAAUUAAAUACCUCCUGUGGGUGGCAAGGCUAAGAGAGCCCACCUGGUUUACUACUCAGCUGUCCCUGGGUGGUGAGAUGGUGCCUGUCUUGCCAAAGCCUUUCUGAUUUUCCGAUCAAAAUCAGCUCGUGCCUGACUUGGGGCCUGGGUGUGUUUUUUUUAAAAGCCAGUGUGUUUACAAAGCACUAACCAAAUCAUAUCAAAGACCUUCAUUUUCCCUAGGUGAAACUGAGUUGGAGUGGCUUUGCCCAGUCGCCAGGAAGCUGCAGAAAUUCCAAAUGUUCAUUUGACCUCACGAAGAAACAACCAUGGCCUUUAUUGCACCUUGCCUCUGACAGCUCCCUCGCAAGCUCUCGGCUUUGUAAUUUUGAGCUAUUUUUAGCUACUUCUUAACCCUCAGAUCCUAGAAGACUGCAUCCAGGGAAUAACACAGGUGCAUUUAAGGCAGAUGAUGACAUGUUUCGUAUUUGUCAGUUAUGAUUAUCAACACUUUGCUUCUGGAGGAUCAAAAAAACAAACAAACCCAAAGUCCAAGAAUAUUUCUAUAAAUGAAGGACUUAGGAAGCUGAUGCCACUCCUACAACCCGAACUGUGACCAGCUCCUCAAAAUUUCCCUUGUGCUGUAACUUGAUUUUGCCCCCAAAGCUUUCAGCCCCCAAACCUACCUGCAUUUCUGUGUGCUUUUCACUAACACUUCAGGCUCUGCAGCCUGAUCCCAGCUGACCCUAGUCCCUAGAAGGCUUCACAAAUGUGCCUGAAGCUCAAUGCAGCAAACCACAGCUAAGAGUGCCACUGUUUCUGCGGACUUUUGGGUUUUUUUUUUUCCCAGUUCAGCAAAUGAGACACAUUGACCUGGGGCCAUCCCUGUGCACACAACUAUGUCCUCAGUAGGCAAAUGACAGGAUGGGGAGCACCUGAUCCCAUCACAUUGGGUUGAGCCAGCUGCCCCUGGGGUCACCCAGCAGGAACAGAGGAAAAAGGCAGAGGCACAGCAAAUACACAAUGUACAGGCAUGACGGCAGGGGAGUGAAGCGUGUAGGACCAAAUCACCAUGCCCUUGGGCAGUAUGCAUGGUCCGCAAGCCUGCCUGUACAAGGCAAAGGCAAGCAGCACCUCCCAGAUGGGCACGGAUGCUGGGAGCCAUCAGCACAUCAAGCAGCACUAACUCUAGCAGCUGGCUCUGCCCCUGGCUCCCCAGGACACCUUUUUCCCCAGGCUGCGACAUCAGGCAUGCCACACCAGCCAGCUGCAAUACUGUCCAGCUGUCCUUGCCACUGGUUCUCAAUCCUGCCUGGCCUCUCGCUCAGCGCUCGCCCAUCCUCCCAGACCCUGCGAGGGGAAGAGGCAGCUUGGUGUUUUCCCCAGCAUUGGUCCCAGCCCUGCAUCCCCCCCUCUCUUCCCUUUGCCUGACGUUCUGUGAGCAAUAAGCUUUGCAGAUGCCGUGCAUGGCUCAAGUUUCUCCUCUGACACCAGCCUGCCGGCACCUCUGGCUUAUCGGAAAGAAGGACAUGGCCCUGCAGACCACAUGAGCCUUCCCUGGAAAUUCUUCCCAGGGGCCCGAUUGACCCAGAGAGACAAGUCACAGCCUCCAUGGGUUUAAUCAUUGCUCUGCUCUGGACAUCCUUGAGUGCUCUCUGCUUUCAGGAGGGCCUUUCCACAGCCUUUUAAGGCUGCCAAGUCACAGCCCUUUAGCAAAACAGCAGAGCGAUGCAAGAAGACACAAAGGUCAAAGCAAGCCAGAAAUGUGGCAUUUUACAAGAGGUUGAAGGAGCCCAGCCCAUGGCCUCACCUGUCCUUGUGCAAAAGCAGAAACAUGCUGCUGCAGCAUGGGGCCACCGUGCUCCCCAUAGCACCCCCGCUCCCCACGCUGCUGAGACCUGGACAUGCAUCUCUGGGAGUCCUCCUGCUUUCUGGGCAUGAGAAAGACACAGUGAGCAAGAAAAAAACAGCAGGGAGGAAAGG